GCCGCUCGUGGAAGCUGGGGCGGAGGCGGUGGUGGCGUCGUGCUGGGGCCGGAGCACGCUUUGGCGCCUCAAUGCGCGUGCGCGGGACUAGAGCCCAGUUUGCGGAGAAGGUUGGCGAUGGCGGCGGCGGAAACUUCGCCCGAGCCGGCGGCUUCGGAAUCGCUGGCGGAGCUGCCUGCCUCGGUGCGGGCGAGCAUCGAGCGGAAGCGGCAGCGCGCGCUGAUGCUGCGCCAGGCCCGGCUGGCGGCCCAGCCCUACCCGGCGAUGGCGGCUGCAGCUACCGGAGGUAUGACUAAUGUAAAAGCAGCUCCAAAGAUAAUUGACACAGGAGGAGGCUUUAUUCUGGAAGAGGAAGAUGAAGAACAGCGUACAAUUGGAAAAGUUGUUCAUCAGCCAGGACCUGUUAUGGAAUUUGAUUAUGCAAUAUGUGAAGAAUGUGGUAAAGAAUUUAUGGAUUCUUAUCUUAUGAAUCACUUUGAUUUGGCAACUUGUGAUAACUGCAGAGAUGCUGAUGACAAACACAAGCUUAUAACUAAAACAGAAGCAAAACAAGAAUACCUUCUGAAAGACUGUGAUUUAGAAAAAAGAGAACCAGCUCUUAAAUUUAUUGUGAAGAAGAAUCCUCAUCAUUCACAAUGGGGUGAUAUGAAGCUCUACUUAAAAUUACAGAUUAUGAAGAGGUCUCUUGAAGUUUGGGGUAGUCAGGAAGCAUUAGACGAAGCAAAGGAAGUUCGACAGGAAAACCGAGAAAAAAUGAAACAGAAGAAGUUUGAUAAAAAAGUAAAAGGUCCAUGUGGUCUAAUGUGUUGUUCAAAGCUGCUUUCUGUCUGGACAAUCUAUCCAUUGAUAAUUACGGCGAGCAGUGAGAAGCAGUGUGUGGAAAAGGGAAACUGUUGCUCAUCAGCAUGAGUAUGGACCAGAAGAAAACUUAGAAGAUGACAUGUACCGGAAGAUCUGUACUGUGUGUGGCCAUGAAUUGACAUAUGAGAAAAUGUGAUUUUUAGUUGAGUGGUCUGUUUUACAGGUUUUAUAUUUAGGUAAAGGAAAUUUAGAUUUCUCCUGUUCAGAAUUCACCAAAAUUUAAAGUGUUCAAAGGUGAAUGAGACACUUGUACAAGUAAUGCUUUAGGAAUAAGUGUGUAUGUUAUAGCUUGAGAGCAGAUUUCCAUUAAGGUCCAGCAGGUCUGGCUGUUGGCAAAAUAUUGGGUAAAUGAUCAUUUUUCUACAAUAGGGAUGGGAGGUUAGUGGUAGAUGAGAUUCAGAAGUGGUAGGUUACAGCUAAAAUUGAGAAAUAAGAAACCAAAGCAAACCCUACCUUGGGGUAGGAAGAGCUUUUAGUACAAACAAAAGCUGCUAAGCUGAAUUCUUAUCCCAAGAAACAACAGGAAUUGGUGACAGACCACUGUAACCCCCAGGCUGGGUCAGGUCUUCUUGACUAUUUCUCUUAAGUUAGGAAGCAGGGACAAAUUCUGACUUAAUAGCAGGAAUGAACAAUGAGUUAUGGGAGCCUGAUCAUGUUUUCUAAUUCUUUAGGGCUUACUACUGGGGGCCCUGAUGUCGGUGUCUAGAUAACCCUUUUCAAAUGAGUUAAAAUGGCAAAACAGCUGUAAAACAGCUUUUUUGCUCAAAGAAGGUGCUGAUAAUAAGCUUAUCAAAACCUACUAACAUUUACUGAGUACUCACCAGGUGCCUGGUAAGUACUAUGCUAAGUGCCUUAAAGGUACUAUCAUUUAAUCCUGAUCAGGAACAUAACCUGGGUCUGUGCCUGUUUAGCAUUUCUAAAGGAAAUGGUAACCUUUACAAGCUGACAGUACCCCAGACAGACCAAGUUAGGCUAAAUUUUCCUUAUCUUGUCAAAAGGAUUACAGGGUAGUUAACAGCUAGUAAGAAGUUUGAUCCCAUGUGGGUCCAAGUAUUAUUUUUUGACAAUAACAAGUUCAGGUUAAGAUAAAUUGGGUAUUUUCAAGUUGUUCUUUGACACAAUUCUUAUCCUACAGCUACAAAUAACAAGACAUAGGAAGUUUAUAUAUUUUCAUUUCUUUUCCUGUUAUCAACUCUUGAAGACUGCUUGAAGAAAACAUCAAACCCAAAUAGGCUGAGACUAUAAUUACUAAUUUGUUCUCUAUAUAUUCAAUACAGAAAUGUUUAAUAUACUUAUCAAGUAUUGAUUUUUGCAAAUAUACUAUGCUAAAUUACAGCUCAGUAAAAUUGAUUCUGAUUGGGCAGCAAGACCUUCCUGGGACAAAAAAAAGCUUCCAGCUCAAUGACAACAGAGUAACUAGGGGUUCAGGCUGCUGACAACAGCAUUACUGCAUUGGGAGACAAAGAUUCCACUUACUAGCUGUGGACCUUGGGUAAGUUACUUCAUGGGCCUGUUUUUAUCUGUCAGAUGAGCAUAAUCAACUCUCAGUGACUGUUGUGAGGAUUAAGUAAAGGUAAAUCUGUAGCAGCUGGCACAUAACAGCCACUGGUUAAUGAGCACAUAUCACCAAUACCAUCAUAGUUGUAGAUUUGUCUAGCUGAAGCAUGCUUCUAAUUUGUUCUUUACCUUCUUGACAUUUAAGACAAUCCCAGUAUCCAAAUACUACUGACAGCCAAAUCGGCUCAACCCCGAUUGGCAAGUUUUUUUCUUAUCUUUCAUUUUCAGGUAUAAUUAUUACUAAUCAGCACUAAAUACUUUCCAGAAAAAGCAAGCAAACUUAUUUUGAUAUGAAUCAUUGCCUGAAUAAUUCCUGGAAGGUAGAUUUAGAAUCAAGGAAAGCUAAAUUAUAUAUUUGCUUUGACAAAAGUAUGUUAAAUGGCAUUAGUACAAUUAAUACUGAUUUAUUACAAGGUAUGCGGUACAGUGGCAUGCCGUUCUGUUGUUUAUGUGAACUUUGUUAGUGGCGAAAGCACCUGUUGAAUAUUUGCUCUUGUACCUUUAUUUCUUCAAAAUUCAACCUCUAGUUCAGUUUUUCCAUGUACCUAGCUGCCAGAUUGGGACAGAGCAGGGUCACACCGGUGAACAGUUGUUAGAAUCAACCAUUACACAUUAGGAGGAUAGAAAAGAAAGAAAGUAAAAA